AUGACUAAAAAAACCGACUUACAAAAAGAACUCCUCGCCGAAGUAAAAGAGGGAGUUAAACCCUCCGACUUAAAAAGAAAGUUAAAAAGAAGUAAGUCUGCGGAUGAUAUCGCUAAUAUCCCUACUCCUCCACCACUUCCUGAUCAUCUACUCCACGACCAACUAAAAGAAAAACAAACCGAGAUUGAAAGUUUAAGAACUAAGUUAGCCACUGCUAAUCAACACGAGCAAAUCAAGUCCUUAAAUCAAGAGUUAGAUGCCACCAUUGACCAAGCCAGUAGUGAACUAAAACAAGGAGAUACUGAAAUCAAAAGUUUAGAACGAGAACUUAAAUUAGCCCGGAUUAACCGCACCAACUCACCAUUCACCUCUAAUAAUUAUGAAACUAAACUGGACUACUUCCAAUAUGGUCUUUAUGCUCUAG